AUGCAGAUAAUAAACCAAGAUAACAAGUAUCACAAAUUUUCUGGCACUAAAUUCCAGCUUCAUCCAAGAGUUCUGAAAGCAACAGUUAAGGCAUCAAGUGAAAAAAAUCAGUCUGGACAAAAUUCUGAUGACGCUACUUCAGAAGACAAGGUUUUAUCACAGCAAAAAGAUGGUCACAAUGCAGCACUGUGGAGGAAUUGGGAUGCAUUUUGUCGAUUUACUCGUCCAUAUACUGUCAUUGGCACCAUUAGUGGUGCAGCAUCGAUCUCACUACUGCCUUUGACAUCAGCAAGAGAUCUGUCCCCUGCAUUUUUUGUGGGAUUAGUAAAGGCAUUGAUCCCACUGCCUUUUAUGAACAUUUAUGUUGGUGGUAUUAAUCAAUUGUUUGAUGUAGAAAUAGACAAGAUUAACAAGCCCUAUCUUCCGUUGGCUUCUGGAGAAUACUCAAUGGCACAGGGGAAGGCAAUUGUGGCAGCAUCCGGGCUAAUGUGCUUGGCGAUGGGAAUCAUGUUUCAGUCCCCACCAUUGUUCUUUGGAAAUCUUGGAGCUCUUUUAAUUGGAACCGCAUACUCUGUCGAUUUACCUUUACUCAGAUGGAAAACAAAACCAUUUCUAGCUGCAUUCAGUAUUGUCGGUUUACCACUCACCUCUCAUCUUGGCGUCUUCUACCACAUCCAGAAGUCUGUGCUCGGGAGAAAAACAGUUUUCACAAAGUCCUUGGGGUUUACAGCCAUUUUCCUCACCUUGUUUUUCAUUUCUAUUGCAAUGUUCAAGGACAUACCUGAUGUAGACGGUGAUCAAGAGUUUGGCAACAGAACAUUCUGCGUCAGUCUUGGCAAAAAGAAAGUAUUUUCUAUUUCUCUGACAAUUCUGUUGAUUGCCUACGGGUUCGCUGUGGUGAUCGGAGCUUCAUCCUCAAUUGUACUGAACAAACUUGUUUCUGUAAUAGGUCACUGUACAAUAGCCUCCUUUCUUUGGCUUCGUGCUAGUUCUCUUAAUCUCAAUGAUAAUGCAUCCGUGCAAUCAUUUUACAUGCUUUUGUGGAAGCUGCUUAACGCGGAAUAUGUACUAAUCCAUUUCAUACGAGUCUGUCUUCGGUUAACUAGCAAUUUCUGGUGCAAAGUGGAUACAUUUUACCGUUUUACUCGUCCACAUACUAUCAUUGGCUCUAUUGUUGGAAUAACAUCAGUUUCCUUACUGCCUCUGGUCUCAGUUGGAGAUUUGUCACCUGCUUUUUUCGCGGGUUUACUGAAGGUGAUGAUCCCAAUAGUUUGCAUGAACAUUUAUGUCGUUGGCCUAAAUCAGCUGUAUGAUGUCGAAAUAGACAAGGUAAACAAGCCGGAUCUUCCAAUAGCUUCAGGAGAGUAUUCCAUGGAAAUGGGGAAGGCAAUUGUCUCAGCAUUCGGGCUCAUGAGUAUAAUCAUGGGAUUCAUGUUUCAGUCCCCGCCAGUAUUGUUUUGCCUCCUCAUUUGUUUUUUCUUCGGAACUGCAUAUUCUAUUGAUGUACCUUUUUUUCGAUGGAAGAAAAAUGCCUUCCUUGCUGCUAUGUGUAUUGUCAUUGUAAGAGCAAUUACCGUUCAACUUACAGUCUUCUAUCACAUCCAGCAAUAUGUGCUUGGUAGACCAGUGAUAUUCUCAAGGUCCUUGGCAUUCGCAAUCAUUUGUAUGACCCUGUUCGUCACUGUCAUUGCGCUAUUCAAGGAUAUACCUGAUGUAGAGGGUGACAGAGAUCAUGGCAUUCAAACUAUCAGUGUCACCCUUGGAAAAAAGAGGGUUUUCUGGCUUUGUAUUACCAUCCUGCUAAUUGCAUAUGGAUCUGCUGUGGUGAUCGGAGCAUCGUCCUCAUUCCUACUGAGCAAGCUUGUUACUGUGACAGGCCAUUGUAUACUAGCAUCCAUUCUUUGGCUUCGAGCUAAUUCUGUUAAUCUUGAAAGUAAUACAUCAAUAACUUCCUUUUACAUGUUCAUAUGGAAGCUGUUUUACGCGGAAUAUCUACUUAUUCCUUUUGUUCGUUGAGAAUCUAAGAAACUCCUUACAGAAUGAUGUUUUAUUUGCUGCUUCUUCUGGCCCCUCCUCAUAUAGAACCUACGAUGUCCUCAGCGAAUGGCACAGACUAGACUCACUAAAACGCAUUGUUGGGAAUGUUCAAUUGAUCUUCACUUGUUCGAUACCUAUAUAUGUUCAGCAAGACAGUGAGGAAAGCAAGCAUCAAGUACAUUCUUUAUUUUCUCAUUGUAGUUGAUUUGCAGCCAUAAUUACUUCCAGAAUGUCGGGUAUCAAAAAUUAUUACGCGUUCCAUUGAAAAUAUAAGUUAAGAAUAGUACAGCAGAAUCAUUACACAUUCAUUCAUGAAAACACGGUAAUUAAGGCCUGGAUAGAGUUCCGUCAAUAUAGCUGCUGAUUUUUUUAGCUCCA